GUGAACCCUCUCCGUGUUCAUGUUUUGAAGUAUUCUUGGGAUUUUUGUUUAAGACGGUUUGAAUCAUGUUUCGCUGCACCACGGCUUUCGCUUUCGCUCUGCUUUGUGCAAUGGUUAUCGCGUCUUCUGCCCAUCAAAUGAGCAAUCACUGUGUCAGUCUUAAAGGGACCCGUUUUGAAAUGUGUAUGAGCGCCGGUUAUGACAAAACUUUUCCAUUCAAAAAUGAUUUUACGGAGGCGGAGCAACAAGAAGUAGCGAGGGAAUUAACAGAGAUACUAAAGUCUAUGAAGAACUGUUCGCACGACGGUCUCGCUGAACUUAUCGAGUGCUCUUUAUUCGUUCCUAAGUGCAACAUGAUUGGUGAGCCUGUGUACCCGUGUAGACAGGCUUGCGCUGAAUACCUGAGGCGAUGUGAGUAUGAGUUAUCCAAACACGCAUUGGAUUAUCUAAUCCCUUGGUGCCUCCUCCUGUCAAAUGGUUCCGUUGGUCAUGCUCCCUGUUUUCAACCUUCUAACUUCACAGCGAACGAAAGUGCGCCUGGUAAGUGAUCUACAUGUACGACUUUUUUCCUAUUCUUAUUGGGCUUGAGCUUGCUGCGUGAAACUGUCGCAUUAUUUGCCAAAUAUGGAGGCGUUAUAAAUUAUCCGGCCAGUUUUUAAACACUGGCCUUUAAGUGACACACGGGAGAAAAUAUUAUUAACAAUGAUAAUUCGCGACAAUUCAACACGUAUUAAGAAGGUCUGAUAUACUGACAACAUCAGCGCAAGCAUUCGGAUAGCUGUGCUGUCUGCGAACAGAAUGAAAAAUAUCAAAAACUAAUGAUUUCAAAAGGUAAAUUGUUUUUUAGUUGGGCGAUAAGUACUUCAGCAGGUCAUUCGUGGGAAGUUUAUCAACAUGCGUGCAAAACACGGGUUGAGAUAAAAUAUCAUAUCCAGCUUUGUUGAUUCCAGCCACACAGUUUAAUAUAUGGAGUCAAGUAUCUAACUGCGCACGAAGGUAACCUGAGGACUGUACUUACAGUAACCACCCUUAAUAUAAUACCUCCAUUUCUGGAAGAUUGAAAGCCGAGUGUACGACUCUGUCUAACUAUCUUAUCUACAAAUGAAUAAAGGGGUAAGUUUCUAAAGAAACUGUGGUGCUGCGUCGGUGGGAGAGUAUAGCAGGUAAUUUAGUGUUAACAACUGGGUUGAAAACGUAAAUUAGCCACCGUAAAGGGUUAAAAAGCUGACGUUUCGAGCGUUAGCCCUUCGUCAGAGCGAUUUAUCUACAAUGAAUCAGUUUAUGAGCCUUCGGCAUUGCCUAUCGCCGUCGAAGCUUAACUGGUUCCCUCGCUGUCUCAGAUUAUUCAAUCGUUACAAAUUAAAAUUACGUACAUGCGUUGUUAUUGUUUGAGGUGUCAGUUUCAUAGUGUAUGAAGAAGUGAUGUCCGACUCAUCUCCCUUCGCCCUAAUCAUUUUUUGGUGGUUGGACGUAUAAAUGCUUCUCUUCACAAAAUUUAGCCGGACGCCUGUUGCAGAGAAGAUCUCACUUCCACCGUCUUUCUUUUCUCAGGCCCGCUGGAUCGAGGUUGCCAAGAGUUAAUCUUUCCCGCAUGUAAAAACAUAGGUGCCUUCGAUCACACUUUGAUCUCCAUCUCUAUGCAGAAGAAGUUAUAUUCGUGGUUUUUUAAAAAGGAAUAUAACGCAAACGACACAGAAACAGAAUUUCCUGGGGCCGUUCGAAAAUUAUUGGACCAAUACCCCAAAUGCCAGGAAAAUAUCAAGAAGUUGUUCUGUGGCGAACAUUUCCCGCCGUGUUUUCCGGAUGAAAGCCCACGGGUGUAUAGUCUUUGUCAACCUCUUUGUGAUCAAAUUGCAACAGACUGCCCAGGAUUCUUCAGGCAAGUCUGUAAUGUUAUUUAUUUUUUCCAAGGUGAACCUGCGGGAGAGGGCAAAGAUAGAGUUGGGGUGGGGAACAUGUAUGGUGCAGUGGUGAGAUUCAGCCAUCCUUCCCCCUCCCUUCCCCCUCCCUUCCCCCUCCCUUCCCCCCCCUCCCUUCCCCCCCCCUCCCCCCCUCCCUUCCCCCUCCCUUCCCCCCUCCCUUCCCCCCUCCCUUCCCCCCUCCCUUCCCCCUCCCUUCCCCCUCCCUUCUCCCCUCCCUUCCCACCUUCGUUCCUUCCUCCCCCCCUCUUCCGGUUAAGAUCAGAUGUGAGCAAAGAGCAACGCAUAAAAAAUCCUGAUUCGAACUGUAAAAAGAAAAUGAGAAGAGCCAGUUCUUAAAUCUAGUCACAUGCUAAAUCUAAUUCAUUCUUGUAUCAUGUAUCAUUUUACGAAUUGCUUGUUGAAUGCUUUAGCUCGAGAAUAAGUAACUCUGGGAAUAUAUUGUUCCACACAUCAUGUCGCAAGCACGAGAUUAGCGGUCUUUAAAAUUAUUUACCGUACAAGAGAAAAUAACGAGUCAAGAAUAAUCAAAUUUGGAUCAGUGCAAUUGAUUAUCUUUCUGUGUGUGUGUGUGUGUGUGUCGCAGCCAGGACUUAAUCGCCUCAGAGUACUGCAGCUCAAAGGCAAGGGCGCAUUCUAUACAUGGAUACUGUCACACCACAGAAUGGCCAGCUUCAUUCGAAUGGUUCCAUCAUGAAGGUAGGAUUAUUGAACCAAGCCGAAACAACCCACUGACUGACCAAGAGGCUGACAAGAAAAAUAACAGAGUGACUGAACAGCCAAUAACAGCAAAUCAUCUCAAAAGGCAAUCAUUCGGUCAAUUGGUCAGUCAAACAUACAAAAUCAAUCAAUCUGUUUAUCAGUCUCUCACUCACCCUUUUAGUCUUUAAACCAACCAGCCAGUCACUCAGUGCGUCAAUCACUCUUUCUACUUGUCUGUUUAUGCGUGGGUGCGUCUCUUUUCCUUUCCUAUAAACUGAUCUCAGUUUUCAUAAUCGAUCAUUUCUAGCUACAACAAAAUCUCCGAGUCUAAUUACUGAGAGCCAUCAAGGAACCCAAGCGUGGAAGAUUUUCAUAGCCGUCUUCAUUCCUGUACUAGUUGUGGGGCUCGUAGUAGCUGUGGCAAUAUGGAUGAAGAAAAGAACUCAUCGCAGUUUAGUAGCUUACAUCAAACAUUAUGAAAAAGACGCUGAUGAUACCUUCCCCUUGGAAACAUAACUGUUAUGACAUUUGGUUGAAGGGGGAAUGGGAGGGCGGGGUGGUGUGGGAGGAUGACUUGGAAAUUAUAUACACUUCACGACGUUAUCUUUGUUUUAUGGUGCAAACGCACAUGUAACCAUUCUGGACAUCAAGUUCACUGAAGGCGACCGAUGUUAGCUGGGUGUAACGAGACACAAUCAAAAUUAAAAGUUGCCAAAAUUACAG